AGCAACUCUGGCAUCUGCAUCCAUGCUCGGCGGAGGGCGGAGGCCGAGAGAGGAGACGACUACCCCACAGAUGAGAGGAGAGUAGAGGAGAGGAGGGGAGAAUUCAGCAGCAGGAUCUGUCGCAGAGGUUGUUGGAUCGAAUCGAUUGCCACUUGAUGCUGUGUUGCUGAACUGUGAUCGAGGGAACGGAAGCGAGGAUCUGAGGAGGAGGAUGUCGUCGUCCUCGUCCUCGUCCUCAGUGGUGGUGUACGAGGGGUGGAUGGUCCGGUACGGGCGGCGCAAGAUCGGGCGGUCCUUCAUCCACACGCGCUACUUUGUGCUGGAGCCGCGGCUGCUGUCCUACUAUAAGCGCAAGCCGCAGCACAAGGCGGACAAGGUCGGGGGCGGCGGCAAGCUCCCCAUCAAGUCCCUCCACAUCGACGGUAAUUGCAGGGUCGAGGACAGGGGACUCAAGAUGCACCAUGGACAUAUGCUUUACGUAUUAUGCGUCUACAACAAAAGGGAGAAGCACCACCGCAUCACGAUGGCAGCAUUCAACAUCCAGGAGGCUCUAAUUUGGAAGGAGAAGAUUGAGAUGGUCAUUGAUCAGCAACAAGGAGUGGUGCCGGCUGAUGGUAAUACAGCCUUUACCUCAUCGCAGCAAAAGGCUAACUUAGAAGAUGGGAGGAAAUCUUUUUCCUCUGAUCGCGAAAGCCAGUACAGUCAUGAAGAGGAAGAAGAGGAGGAGGACAAUCAACAAUCACUGCUGAGGAGAACAACAAUUGGGAAUGGUCCUCCUGAAUCAUUGUAUGAUUGGACCCGUGAAAAUGAUAUGUAUGAUUGGACCCGUGAAAAUGAUAUGGGAAUAUCAAAUCAGGGAAGCCCUGACCAAGUUUUCUCUAGAAAACACUGGCGUCUUCUUAGAUGCCAGAAUGGUCUCCGCAUUUUUGAGGAGCUCCAAGAUGUUGAUUAUCUUGCAAGAAGCUGUAGCAGAGCAAUGAAGGCUGUUGGUGUGGUUGAAGCCUCCUGCGAGGCUAUAUUUCAGCUUGUCAUGAGCAUGGAUACUACACGUUUUGAGUGGGACUGCAGCUUUCAGUAUGGUAGUUUAGUAGAUGAGGUCGAUGGCCACACUGCAAUACUAUACCAUAGGCUACAAUUGGAUUGGUUCCCAAUGUUUGUUUGGCCUCGCGACCUUUGUUAUGUACGAUAUUGGCGGCGUAAUGACGAUGGAAGUUAUGUUGUGCUGUUUCAAUCCAGAGAGCACGCAAACUGUGGUCCACAACCAGGAUUUGUGAGGGCACAUAUUGAGAGUGGUGGCUUCAAUAUCUCUCCACUGAAAUCCCGUAAUGGAAGAAUCCGAACACAAGUGCAGCAUCUUAUGCAGAUAGAUUUAAAGGGUUGGGGGGUUGGUUAUGUACCUUCAUAUCAGCAGCAUUGCCUCCUUCAUAUGCUGAACAGUGUUGCUGGGCUCAGGGAAUGGUUUUCACAAAGUGAUGAAAGUCAAAUGCUUCCUAGGAUACCUGUUAUGGUCAGCAUGGCUCCAUCUAUUCCUUCUAAGAAAGGCAGAAAAGCACAAGACAAUACUGUGCAAACCAGCCUUCCGAUGAACCAAAGCAGACAUUCUACAAUGCUCGAUGAGGAGUCUGAUGAAGAUGAAGAAUUUCAGUUACCUGAAUCGGAGCAGGAGUCAUCAACUCAUGAGAAUGCUGCAGAUGUUAGACUGCCAGGGCUGGAUGAAGAGGACUCAGAUCAGAUUGAUUUGUCCGGGUUUUCUGGAAAUUUACGUCGGGAUGACCAUGAUAAUAGUCGUGACUGCUGGAAAAUAUCUGAGGGGAACAACUUCAGAGUGCGAAGCAAGAAUUUUGUAUAUGAUAAAAGCAAGGUUCCUGCAGGAAAGCCUCUUAUGGAACUUGUUGCUGUUGACUGGUUUAAAGAUGCAAAACGAAUGGAUCAUGUUUCUAGAAGAAAAGGUUGCGCGGUUCAAGUUGCUGCUGAGAAGGGGCUUUUUGCAUUGGCAAUAAAUCUACAAGUUCCUGGCACAACUAACUAUAGCAUGGUUUUCUACUUUGUUACGAAGAAAUUGAUACCAAAUUCCUUGUUGCAACGUUUUGUUGAUGGCGAUGAUGAAUUUCGGAAUAGUAGGUUCAAGCUGAUCCCAUCUGUACCUAAGGGAUCAUGGAUUGUCCGUCAAAGUGUUGGCAGCACACCUUGUCUAUUAGGCAAAGCAGUUGACAUCACCUAUAUUCGUGGUGCAAAUUAUUUGGAAAUAGAUGUGGACAUUGGUUCGUCUACAGUGGCAAAUGGAGUUUUGGGGCUUGUGUGUGGUGUGAUCACGACACUAGUUGUUGACAUGGCUUUCCUGAUCCAGGGCAAUACAUACGAGGAGCUCCCAGAACGGCUGAUCGGUGCAGUUCGUGUGUCUCAUGUUGAAUUGUCAUCUGCAGUAGUUCCGGUGCUUGAGGAUUAACCCAAGUGUUAGCAUUGGCCCUAGUGAAGCUGCUAUGCUUGAACCUUGACAUCAUACAAUGUACGAUACAUUGAUAGAGGAACCAACAACCGGCGCCCAUACCAUCUCCUCGGGCUAUGACGCAGUGAAGAAUCUGAGGGGGGAUGUUUCUAUGCAUGUGUUCAAUCAUGUAUUAUAUCGCGUAUUUAGGUGUUGCAAAUGUGACGCGAAUAAUGUAGGUAUUAGAAUGAGUUGUGUUGGGAAAAAAGAAAGAGAGAAGAUAGUAGAGUUAGAAAUAGAGGCAGGAGGGUAGAUGGUGAGGCCCAGCUCAGCUUGAAUAAGAGGGGCCAUCCAGAAUUGUUUGGGAAUUGGGAUGAUGAUAGCUGCAUGUUGAAACAUAAUAGACCACACAAUUCUUGAUUUUUUGUGUGUAAUGUUAAUGUAACGUAGGAGCUACAACGGUAUGUAUACUAAGGUGGUGCCGUGUUCUUCGUUUGAAACAUC